ACCUUGCCACAGCAGGGAGAGAGGGAAGUAGACGCUGAGAGAGAGAGAGAGAGAGAGAGAGAGAGAGAGAGAGAAGGCACUUGCUGGAGCAGAGCGAGGGAAGUAGACGCUGAGAGAGGGAGAAGGAGACGUUGGGUCAGAGCAGAAUUUCAACAGUUGUAAGCGUACAGUUGGCCAUCAACUACUAAAAGGAUGUCAGCAUCUGUGAAAUUCAGCAGCCUUGCACCAAAGACCAAGAACCUGAUUGUAGCCGGAGGUCUGACAGGGUUUGUCUUCGGGGUGUAUUUCUACACCAUGAGGGCCGUUGGAGGAACAGACGAGCUGCAGGUAGCAAUUGACAAGUUUGAAGAGCAGAAAAGCAAGGCAGAGGAUGUAACAGGUCCUUUGUCGAAGUCCUGAAAACUAGGGCAUUUUCCAUUCUGGUCAGUUUCCCUGGGUGGUCGCUUCUUAUUAGGUCAUGAAGUGAGUUUUCACCACAAACCAAAGGAUUAGUCAAUGAAACUUUUCCUUUUUUGGAAAGGAUUUAGUUAAUGAUUUCAUUCUCCUGUUGAUAGUUCUUGUUAAAGAAAUGGUAAAUAAAAUAUCAAUGACCAAGUGCUGUGGGCUAUAAUAUCCAAGGGGGAGCCUGGACAUAUUCGCUGA